CAGGUCACCCCGGGGCGGAGCAGCCUGCACGCACAGCCAGCCGGACGCGUCUCGGAUACUCUCCUCCUCUCCAGUUACACGCACUUCUCUCUCCGUCCUGGUCGCAGCCGGAGGCUCGGUUCAUUUCUUUCAAUCCAGAGCCAAAGUACCCACAGACAGGGCCUCCUUCAUCACCGGUGUUCGCCAUGGGAGCAGAGAGCUCAGUGCAGCGGGAAGGGAAGAGCCAGGAGGAGGAUGCGUCAGCUGCAGCCUCCGGAGGGGAGCUGAGCGCGGAGCUGGAGGUGCUCCGGGAGGAGGGAGGCGGCGGGCUCGACUGCAAGCCUUUGCAGAAAAAUGGGCAGAUCUCCAGCAUGAGCAGCCUGAACGGACACUCGGAGGACAAAACCCUGGCAGAAGUUGGCCAGCCUGAUGCUGUGUCAGUACCUCAAAAGGAGGAGACCUCUGAGACAGUAAACACCUCCCAGGAUGAAGUAGUUCCUCAAGUGAAUGGUGAGAAAGUGGAGAAAGAAUCCCCUGAUGCCAAUGACAUCUCCGCUGUUGAGGAGAAGGCAGGGGAAGAGAAGCCUGAUGAUGCCACUGAAGUGGGCUUCAAGAAGAUCUUCCGCUUUGUAGGCUUUAAGUUCACACUGAAGAAGGACAAGAGUGAGGAGAAAGAACCUGUGAAGCUACUGACGGUCAAAGAUAAGGACGGAGAAGAGCUCAGUGGGACCGAUGAACCUACAAAGGAGGAGGAGGCUGUUACUGCUGAAGAGAAGAGCACAGCUGAAGAGAAGGAGGCAGAGGCAACUCCCGUGGAGGCUGAACUCACUGAAGAUAAAACUGAAACCACUGGCGCCCCAGCUGAAGAUGCUGCAAAUGGAGAUACUGAUGAAUCAGUCAAGGAAGGAGAGGCCAGUCCACUCUCCCAGGAGACCACCCUGACCCUGUCCCCCUUCAGAAAACUCUUCGGUGGAGGCAUUUUUUCUAACCUGCGAAAGAAGGCAAGCAUCAAGAAGACAAAAGAGGACGAAGACAAGGAGGCAGUUGUUGAAGAGGAAGCAGCUAAAUCAGAGGAAACUGUUGCAGCAGAGGAAGACAAGGUGGAUGCAGAGCAAGAAAACCAGGAGGCACCAGCAACUCCAGGGGAAGAAAAAUCUGAGCCAAAGGAGGAGGCAGCAGUCACUCCAGACUCAGUCAAAUCAGAGGCAACCCCAACCUCUGAAGAAACCCCUGCUUCCUCAGUAGCUACUUCUGAUGAGACUAAACAAGACGAGGAAAAAGCAGCGGAGGAGAAGGCUCCAGCAGAGGUGACGUCUGAGGUUGAACUCCUAUCAUCACAGGAGAAGGCAAAGCCCCAGGGAAGCCCCUUGAAAAAGCUCUUCACUGGUGCCGGCUUGAAGAAACUGUCAACUAAGAAACAAAAGACCAAGAAAGAUACAGAGAGCAAAUUGACUGAGUCUGGGGAGCAGGCGGCUGAGCAGCUUCAGUCUUCCACUGAAUCAGCAGAGGCUCCUAAAGCUGACAGUGGGCCCUCAUCUCCAGAGGAGUCAGGGGAGCAUGUCCUUGCCGUGGAGGUGACCCAGAAUGAGUCCAACCAAGAGGCUGAUGUUGAAGUUGCCUCUGAUGGAGAGAAGAAAAAAGAGGGCAUCAUCGCUUGGUCCUCCUUCAAGAGGUUAGUAACUCCCAAGAAACUUGUGAAAAGGUCUUCUGAGAGUGAUGAUGAAGCCACAGGGGAGAAACCAGCAAAUUCAGCCACACUGUCCUCUUCUGAGAGCGCUCCAUUAGCAGAUAAGAGUGUUGAGGAGGAGGCCACGGAGGAAAAGCCAACUGAGGAAGAGCCAAGGACUGAAAACACUGAGAAGCUUGUCAGCAGCACUGAAGAGCCCAAAAAGAAAAUGGACACCUCUGUCUCCUGGGAGGCCCUCAUGUGUAUGGGUGGAACCAAAAAGAGGACAAGGAGGACCUCUGAUUCUGAUGAUGAGGAGACCAAGAUUGAAGAGGAAGCAGCAGCUGUAGAAUCAGUUGCAGAAGAGGAACAGGAGGUCAAACCCGAGGCUGCUCUUGUCACUUUGGCCUCACAAAACACAGAGAGUGAAGGAGAAGGAGAAGUUGUUUCCUCCCCUGAGCCUUUAAGCCCCCCUGAGAGAGAAUCUACCUGGGACACACUGAAACGCAUGGUUAUGUCAAAGAGUAAGCCCAAAGUUGAGGAAAAGCCAGAGGAGAGUGCAAACCAAGUCCAGUCAGACAGUGAAGCACCAAAAGAAGAGUCAUCUUUCUCCUUGAGGAAGUUCUUCCCUGGACGCAAGAAGAAGAAGGUUGAAAAGCAGGCCUCCACUGAAGCUGGCGAGGAGGACUCUGACACCCCAGCUGUGGUUCCUCUCUCAGAGUAUGAUGACCAAGUUGAGGCUAAACAGGAAGUACCAGCUGAAAUCCAGAUUAAAGUUUCUACCGAAGAUAGAUCCCCUUCAUGGAUUCCAGCCUCUGUCGAAGAUGCUGAUAAUAACCACGAUCAGCUGAGUGACAUCCCAGAGGAGGCAGAGAAUGCUGCCACGCCAAAGUCUGUUGACACUGAUAUUGCAGAUGAUGAGGACCAGGCUAUGCAGACCAAUAAAGGUCUAGGUCGUAGGCUGUCCACAGCAGAAAUGAAGCCCGUCGCUCAGGCUCCAGCUGCAGAAGCCACCCUUGUUCCUCAGGGACCCACGUCGGGAAACGCUGAGGAGGUUGUGGCGGGUAUUGAGGCCCAAAUCAGUGAAAUUCCAUCCCAGACAUCUGUGACUGUUGUAGAUGUACCAUUAGAGGCAGCUUCUGAAAACACAGAGGAUGAACCACCAACUGGGAAUGCAGAGGUAACGUCCAAUACUAUCCUGCAACCACAUACUCCUGAAGAGGCAAUGUCUAUCUGUACUGGCCUGGGCACCAAGGAGAUUGCCAAAGUAGCUCUUGAGAAGCCUGCAACGCCCCUCGUUGAGUGCAUGGCAGUAGUCCGUGAUGCUCUGGGCACAGAGGUGUUGAUGGAGGAUAAACCAGCAAGUCCAGAGCAAGGCAUAGUUGCGGAAGAGACAGUGUUCAUAGCCCAAGUUCACCAAGUGGAAACCACUGACCUUGAGCCCGCUGUUGAAAAUUCACUGGAUGAUGUGACAGACAUUCAAGCUGCCACUGAGAGCAGAGAACCUGAAAUUGAGAAGAUUGGAGUCGUCACCACUCUUCUGGAGGAGUCUGUGGUCCUUCAGACCACCACAGUGAGCGAGAACUCUCCAAAAGCUGAAAUAGUCAACCCCAUUACCCCAACAUCUGAGACAGCCAUCUGCACCCAGAGCGUAGAAGUCAUUGAGCCAACUGUAGAGACCAAGGGAGAGAAAAUAGACAUGGAGCCACUUGAUGUUGCCACUGAAGAAAAUGCCCCUAUCACAGAGGUAAUUCAGGUUGUGGAUGAAGAGAUAUCUUCUACCAUGUAUUGUACUACAAUGACCACCAUCACAAAGGAGACUGUAGUCCUAUCAUGUGAGGAGGCCCCUGUCAUCACAGAAACAGUGGUUGGCAUCGCCCCGCUCAGUUUGGAGUCUGACCAGGUGGCAAGCUCAGAGGGGAUCACCAUAAAAGAGGAAGACACAGUUGUGGAGACUGUGGAGGCCACUGCCGUUGAGAUCCUAGAGCCAGAGAGUCCUGCUGUCAGUGAGCAGGCAACAGAAAAGAUAGAAGAAAUCCAUGAAGUGCAGCAGGCCUGUGAGAUUGAGGCUCAGAGCCAGGUAAUUGCCCAGACUAUCCUUCAGGAUGCCAUGGAUAAAGUUUCAGAGACCACACCUGAACCCCAAAAGCCUGCCACCACCCCAUCACCAGUCCAGGCAACAGCAGGAACAGAGGAAGAGAUCAUAACUGAUAACAUUGUCAUCACUGACACCCCUGUCGCUGUCAUCUGCGACAAACCAGUACCGAAGUCACCCCCGCAGCUUCAUGUUGCCAUGGAGGUCAUUGACACAUUCGCUUUAGAAGUCACAGAGAGCCUUGAUGCAUCAGUAGAAGAGGAGAAGAAGGAGGCACCAGUGGAAGAGUUAAAGCAAGCUGUGGAGGUUAAAGUAAGUGAAGAAGAAACUGUUGUAGUGGAAGAAGUCGUAGAGGGUGUCGCAGAGGUGGAGAAGGAACAGAGCAAAGAGGAGGAGGUGAAACCACAAUCAGAGGAAUCAGAGAAGAACAAAGAAACAGAGAUCCACAUGCCAGUCCAGGUGGUCCUGCAGACAGCACAUCUGGUAGAGGAGUCAUUGGUGGAAGAAGAGGUGGUGGUAGAGUUUGACAGCAACGGUCCAAUGAACGACAGCACUAGCGUAGAACCCACAAGCCCCACAAGCAUAAAAAAACUCUCUACACUGUCAGAAGAAGCUCAAGCAACGGCAUCAGGAGAGGUCACAGAGGCAGCAGCGGACCAGCCAGAGACAGAGAAAACGACAUCAGGGAAGUGCGCAGAGGUGAUGGCCCAGGUGAUGGAGGUGAUUGAGGAGGCCGUGAAGGAGAUCGAGCCUGUGUCCACAGAGAUCACAGCAACAUCAUGAGCAGGUGAAGAUACUAGACUGAUGCCUGGGAGACGCACUGUCUGGACCAGGAAGUGAGUGAUAACAGAGAGAGAGAGAGAGAGAGAGAGAGAGAGAGAGCGAGAGAGAGGCUGCUCUAUGCUGAGACUGGGCCCCGCCCAUUCUGUCCAGAGAGACUGAGUGAACAACAGCUCUGCAGUUCUCUCCAUCUCCCCUUCCACCCGUACUCUGACCCUAUUCUGCAGACCCCUGUCACGACGACGUGACGUCACACCCUCGGCCCCUUCACUCACUCUCUCUCACACACACACACUCACGCAUGUCCCAUGCCUCAGAAGCAUCUCCAUCUGGCUUGUAAUCGGUGUGAUGUAUGUUCAAUGUCUCAGUGACUUUCCAUUGCCCUUGCUGCAUUAGGCAAGAGUCCGCAACCUGGUCUGAGUGUGUCUGUGCAUGUGUGUGCGCGCGCGUGUGUUUGUACGUGUAUAGUAGCAAGAGUGAGAUGGUGUCAGAAGGUGAAGAGACGGAGGAUUAUUAUCUUGUGUAUUGUAUUUAUAUCUUGAAUAUUCUUUCAUUCACCCCAAAGUCUUUAUUUUUCUUUUUUUGGUCCCUUUUGUUAUUGUAUGGACAGUGUUGCCUGUUUUUAAAAUUCCAACAUUAAGCUGUGAAACAGUAGGUUAUUCUUUUUAGCAGCAUUAUGACUGUUGACACAGAGAAACAUCUAAAAAAGUAAAAUGUACCAAAACGAAACUGUUGCAUAAAAGUGACUUGUGCACCGCAGCUUUUUUUUCUGUCAUACUCUGAAGAUUAUUUCAAGCAUCUGUAGCAUUUAUAACUAAACCACGGUACAAGAUACUGUGCGCAGAGAUGAAAACAGCAGCGCAGAGAGAAUGAAGCUAUCCACCAGAAUUUGCACCAUGUGUUUGACUUUUGACACAUUCUCUCAUCACACUGUGCUCUUCACUCUGCAGCCUAACAAGACACAUAGUAAGCUUAGUGUAGAUAAGAAAACAAACAAACCACUGCCUGAUUUACUGUGAAAUAAAUAUUGUUACACAUUGUUUCAUGUAAUAAUACAAUAAAAUAUGAUUAUAACACCAUUUGGUCAUGUGGCAGAGGUAUUUGCUAAAGAAUGAUACGUUUGGGUGUUUUCUUCGACAGAGUCAUGCUGGGAAAAAAUGUGCAUGUAAGAAACGGUUACAAAGCAAAUCCUGUUCACUUUGUCAAGUGGUUUUCUGAGUUAUUAUGUAACAUAUGUGUCAUUGGUGUGUGGUAGUUUAGUUGAGGUUUAACACCUUUCUUUAUGGCUGUAUCCAUUUCUUCACGGAAAUACAGAAUGUUGAUGCCCUCUGUUGCCUCCAAAAAGUAGUGCACCCUUCAAUCUACGUCAUUUGUGUUGUUUUGACUUCAACUGUACAUGUCAACAAGGGCGAUCGAGUAUGAAAAUGGUCUUUGUUCUGCUCAGUCUUAUGUCAGACCUGCUUUAUUUCAUGUCCCACGACCAAGCGUGAUAGCUCAGGUUCACUGAGAACAUUAGACUCUGUUGUGGCUUUAGUGAGAGACACAUAGACUGCAUGGUACCAUAAAUAACAGCAAAUGCUAUUUAGUUCCUAAUUUAAAAGCCAAAUCGAGUUAGGAUAAAUCAGAGAGUCAUGGUCUUUCCAUUUCUCACUGGACUAAUUCUAUUGUUUAGGUUGCAUGCAGUUAAAGGCCUAAGGCUCGGCGACAAUCCUAAUUAAUAACUUGAGUUGCAAAGUGGUAAAUGUUUUAGGAUGGCAUCUGAAACAUUCCAGUUAAAGCACCAAAACAAACAUGUAGCUGUGAGUUUCACUGGUAUUCGUUCAUUUGCAACCAUUGUUGACAAAGUUGCUCGGUGAGUGCUUCUUUAUCCAUUUUAAUUUGGCGACUCAUAGUUUAUUUAGCUUUAUGACCAAACCAGAGCAGCAUUGGGAAGCACUGACCCCUGUUAGGUCAUCGCUUUCCUUCACUUUGACUCCAGAAGGCGUGACACAUUCAUGACACAUGCUUUAUGUAAAAAAGAAUUAAACAAGUGAUUUAAAAAUAACAGUGAACUAAAGGAUUUUGUUGCAUAAUGUAAAGCAUUUAGUUGUAGGACACUCGGCCACCGUCAGUUCUGCCUGCUUUUUGUAACACUGUGAAGCUGUUAACAUUUGUACAGAUUGUAUACUUACUGUAUGUACUUAAAAUCAUAUUGUUUUAAUAUUAACUACAAUAACCUGCAGACAUUUAGCAUAUUACUCACCUAGCAUGGUCUUAAUUGCCUUUUAUAUUUUCCAAGCUGUUAAUAGUAAGGAUACAGAAACUUGUCUAUAUUUCAAUCAAUAAAGGUAGAGAAAAUCGG